AUUUUGAAAUUUCAGCGGUGGAGCGUUUGUUGUGUCAUCUGGGGCUGAGGUGAAGCGUUUUCAAUACUGGGAGUUGAAACUUGGUUAAAAACACUGGCUUAGAAAUGUCUUUUUCAAGAGCCCCACUGAAAAGAUUCAACGAAUACGUAGGUUGUGCCCCACCACCGGGGUCCUAUGAGAUUAAACCAGGGGACGUGAAGGGAGCUGUGUCCUUCAUCAAAUCUGAUCGUUUUAGACCUGUUAAGACAGCUGCUGAGGUAUUUCUGCCACCACAGUCUCCUGCCAGAAGUGUCCUAGUGUCACCUGUGCGUAGGACAAUGUCGGUUGAUGGUCUUGUUGAGUCAAGUGUAAAGAAAGAGAAGAAUGGAAUGACCGUGGAAAGGAAGCAGCAGCAACUCUUGGAGAAAGAGAUCCGAUCUCUGAUUCAGCAGCGGGGGGAGCAGGACCGUCGCUUGCUGGCCCUGGAAGAGGAGUUGAAGAAGCUGGAGGCCAAGCUUCUGGCUGCAGUCAGGGAGAAGACAGCGCUUGCUGCCAGUGUUACCACCCUUGAAAGACAGCAGGCUGAGCUCAGGAAAGUCAACGACUUCCUAAAAAGCAAGGUUUCUGCUGACACUACAAAAAAGCGAAUCAAUUCACUAACAAUGGAGCUAAUAGAGGCCAGGAACACUUUGGAUUUAAAAAACAAGGAGUUAGGUGUCCUGCAGGUUAACAGUGAAGGCCAACUGAAGGUACUAGAAACUGACCUCCAAGCUUCCAGGGCUACUGUCACUGCUCUAAAUGAGAGGAAUAAAGACUUGGAGGACCUCUAUCAAGAAAUGAAAACCCAGAAUAAAGAGCUAGAGAAUGAGAAUGUCAGGUUACAUGCUGUGAUAAAGGAGCUAAGGGAGGAGAUGAAAAUGGUGCAGGAGUAUCUGGACACAGCCAACGAGGAGAUCCAGGAUCUCCGCUUGAAGCUCAAAGAGAAGAUACAGGAGGACAUUGUUGCAGGUUCUCACCUGGAGAAAGUAAAGCAACUAGAAACCGAGCUAGAGCAGUGUAUGACUGACUUACAAACUGCACAAUAUAUGCUGAGACAAAAAGAAGAGGAGGCAUUUCAGUUCCAACAAGAGCUGCAGGCGUCAAAAGAUACUUUAUGGGAAGUGGAAAAGAGACUUGAGAACCAAGAGCUGGAGCUUAAAUCUUCCCAAAAGGCACUGAGUGACAUGGAGGAGCAAAUGAAGCUGGCUAACCAAGAAGUUCAUGACUCUCAAGCAACAGUGCGUCAGCAGGAGGCUGAGCUUGCUAGGCUAAGAGAGGUGCUCAGACGGACGGAGAAGGAGCUGGAUGAGAGAGUGGCGCAUCUUGAACAGCGGUGUCUUUUCUCUGAGGAAGAGAGAAGCAGGACUCAGGAGGAGGGACUGAGGAGAGUGCAGGAGUUGAAGACUGAGCUCAGUUUGCUAAAGGAGGUGAAACGAGAUGAGAGAAAGAGACAGAUUCAGCUUCAUCAAGAACAUGCUGCUCUUACUGAGGAACUGAUGAAAGAAAAGGCACUUGUAGACUCCCUGUCUGUGCUGGUGACUCAGGAGAGGGAGGAGUCUGAGCAGGCAAUUAGACAGCUAAAGGAGGAGAUGGAGGAGGUAUUGGGAGAGCUUGCUAUCUUGGAGGACCAAGAUCAGAGGAAGCAGGAGGUGAUGGAGCAAAGUCAAGAAACCCUCCAGAGACUGCAAGAAGCAAACAGUAAUCUGGCCAAACAGCUGAGUGAUACCAGGGCCCUGAUGGAAAGUAAGAGCUGUGACAUCAUACAAGAGGCACACAAAAACUCAAUGAGCAAGAUUGUCACAGAGUUGGAAGGCACCAAAGAGGCUCUGAAGGGAGCAGAGGAGAGACAGAACGAACUGGAAGAAGAGUUGGAGAGAGUGAAAAAUCAGACGAAAGAGAUGGAAAGAGAGAUUCAACUGAAAGAGGAGGAGAUCAAGAGAGUGCAGGAGGGGUUCGAGGAGCAGCAAAGAAGUCAUUUAGCUGAAUCAAAAGCCAUAGAGGAGAACGCAAGAAUAUUGCUGGAGGUGCAGAUUUGCCUUGCACUAAAAGAUGAGGAAAUGAAAGCCAUGGAGGUGAGCCACACUGCCCUCAUAAGUCAGCUACAACAGGAACUACAGCUGCAGACAAAUGAGAAAGAAGAGGCACUGGGACAUCUAGAGGAACACAGAGCUUGGUGUGUUACCCAGAUCCAAAAUGAGAAGGAGAAAGCCCAGAAACAGCUUGAUGAGGUCAGCCAGGAAAAAGAUGAACUAAUGGAACAGCUCCAACAUGAAAGAGAAGAGAAGCUUAAACUUCAGACAGCUCUGCAGGAAGAAAGGGGAACACUGGAGGCUGAAAGGAAGCAGCACCAGCAGGACAGGUUAGAGGUGCUCAGAGUACAGGCCGAGCUUGUGAGAGCAGAUGAGGAAAAGAAGAAUCUCCUAUCUAAGGACGAACAACAGCGUGCGAGCUUCCAUGCUCGAAUAGAGCUCAUGGAGGAGAAAAUGCUGGCUCUGCAACGGGAGGUGGAGGAGCAACAGCAAGGCAGACAGGCUCUGCAGGAGCAGGUAGCAGUACUGACUCAGGAGAAGGUUAUGCUGCAGUGGGAGAUGGAGGAGCAGCGACAGGAGCUACAAAAACAAAUGGCUCAAGCACAAGGCAAAUGCUCCCAAAGUUCAGAGAUGGAUCCCUGGAGGCAACAGUAUGAGCAGUUGUUUGCUAAAGUCAGACCAUUCCAGGAACAGCUCAAUGCAUUUGCAGCAGAGCGAGAUGCACUACUCAAUGAGAAUGGGGCAAACCAGGAGGAGUUAAAUAAGUUGGCUGGUGCUUACGCUCACUUGCUUGGCCACCAGAACCAGAAACAAAAGAUCAAACAUGUGAUGAAGCUGAAAGAUGAGAACAUCUCCCUGAAACAGGAGGUGUCUAAGCUUCGCUCCCAGGUGAGCCGACAAAAGAGUGACCUGGAGCAGCUGAAGUCAAAGCUCCCUGGUGCUCCACGCCGCAGGUUUGAUCCCAGCAAAGCUUUCCAGCACAACAAAGAGAACAGGCAAACUGAAGCAACUGAACCACUGAAAGAAGGAAAUCAUCAUGCAUAAUGGAUCUCUUCCUGCAGACAAGAACUGACAACUAAUUGGCUGAUUUAAUUUGAAUUAAAUUUUUAUGGUUUGGCCUUUUGAAUACUCAUCAUCCUCUUACAAGUGUUAACUGUAUUCUCACAUGCUGAUGUUUUACAGCCCUUUGUGGCAAGUAGUUUGUGGAUUUACAUUUUCUCUACUGACUUUUAAAAAUGUUUUAGGAUCAGACUUUGUGUGUGUGCAAGAGCGGUGUGUGAAACUAAUGAGGGCACAGGUGGAUGCAAGUUUUAAGUAUAGCAUACAAAUGCAAGAUGCAUUUUGUUGGGUGAAGUAUAUGCUUGGAGCCUCUUAGCAAAAUUUAGGGCAGCAGAACCAGUCACUAUCUAAUGUGGAAAUGCUAUUAAAUCUUUUUGUUUGUAAAUAAAGACAGAUUUUAAU